AUGUUAUUUUAUGAACCAAGAACUUAUAGAGAAGCAGCAGCUAUACCUGAUUGGAAAGAUUCGAUGAAAGAAGAAUUGACAUCACACAGAGAAGCUGGUACAUGGGACAUGGUAGAUCUCCCACCUGGAAAGUCAGUUGUAGGCAAUAGAUGGGUUUUCAAAGUUAAAACCAAGUCAGAUGGCAGUAUAGAAAGGCAAAAAUACCGUGUGGUUGCUCAAGGAUAUACUCAGGAAUAUGGGAUUGACUAUGAGGAGACAUCUGCUCCUGUUGCUCGCAUGGUCACUUUUCGUACACUCAUUGUUGUUGUUGCGGUUCAACAGUGGAACCUUCAUCAGAUGGACGUGAAAAAUGCUUUUCUUCAUGGAGAAUUACAAGAAGAGGUGUAUAUGCAACCUCCUCCUGGUUUACCUCAUGCUCCAAAUCAGGUAUGUAAACUUCGUAAAGCUAUUUAUGGACUUGAACAAGCACAUCGUGCAUGGUUUAAGAAGUUUAGCAGUGCAAUUCUUGAAUAUGGUUUUAUACAAAGCUUUUAUGACUCUGCAAUGUUUACUCGAUUGUCUUCCAAAGGGAUAGUAAUUCUUCUUUUGUAUGUGGAUGACAUGGUUAUCACUGGCAGUGAUCUUGAAGGAAUUAAUAAUCUCAAAACAUAUCUCAGUUCUUGUUUUCAUUUGAAAGAUCUUGGUUUCUUAAGUUACUUUCUGGGGAUUGAAGUGGGCAAAUCCAACAAUGGAUACCUUGUAUCUCAGGUUAAAUAUGUGAUGCAGUUUUUACUAGUGUAUGCAUCUGAAAUCAUUCAACGUACAGGCAUCACUGACACUAAGGUUGUGGAUACUCCUCUUGAAGUCAAUGUGAGACAUAGUCCAACAGAUGGAACUCUAUUAUCCAAUCCAAUAUUGUAUCGGCAACUAGUAGGAAGUCUCAACUACUUGACUAUUACUAGGCCUGAUAUUAGUCAUGAUGUACAUAUAGUAAGUCAAUUCAUGUCUGCUCCUCGCUCUACAUAUUAUGCUGUUGUUUUACGAAUUCUACGCUACUUAAAAGGAACUUUAUAUCAAGGUCUUCAGUUUUCAUCUAAGUCUGAUCUCACCCUAAGAGCUUAUUCAGAUUCUGACUGGGAAGGAGAUGUCACUGAUCGACGCUCAAUUACAGGAUAUUGUGUGUUUUUGGGAGAUUCUCUUAUAUCUUGGAGAAGUAAGAAACAAACUAUAGUUUCUCGUUCUAGUGCUGAAGCAGAAUAUCGAGCUCUUGCUCAUACCAAAUUUGAAAUUAUAUAG